GCUGGAUGGGAGAGAUAGACAGAGGGAGGGAUACAGACAACCGAUAUAGAAACACAUUGAGAGCCACGGAGGUAAAGCCAGGCUACAGACGCAGAAAGAUAUAAGGUCUGGACAUCAAUGCUCUCUCCACUGGCUGGGGAAUAAUAACUGCAGGAAGUGACUGGAGGAUAUGGAGAACGGGGGAAACAGAGAGAAGAUGGAUGUACAAACGGAGAACAUGGACCCCCCACCUUGUGAAUCCCAGGCGAGUGGAAAAAUCAGAAAAGGAUUCAAGCUGUUUGGUAAACGCAAGCCAGGGAACAUCUUUUCUAUUCGAAGCAAAGGGGAUGGAAACAACAAGUCACCUGUUAACAAGAGCAAAACCAUAGAUGGAGUAUCAGAGAACGCUGCAGCAGAUUCAGAGCAGGAGCUGGAUAAGGAAAGGGGACAGGAGGUGAGUCAAGGAGAGAGGGAGCAGUCAGAUGAGGAGCAGCUUGAGGAAUAUGGCGUUAUGGCUGCUGCUCCACCUCGCGCCUCCAUUUCUUCAACUAGCUCAGUCAAGUCCCUCAGCUUCCUGUCGUUGCUGAGGGGUGGCCGGAGAGGAGUAGGGGACCGUAGAGUCCAAACUGUAUCUCAGCCUAUGGGGAGGCAACGGCGGGGGCUGAAGGGUCUCUUUAACAAUGUUAAGUUCCGGGCAAAAGAUAAAGAGGAAAAGGAGGAAGCGCCUCCGAGCCCACUUCUCAUGUUGUCCCGCGCCAGCAGUGUGGAAAUCAUCAAAGAGGACAUGACCCUAACCCCAAAAUGCCAGCCGCGCUCUCUGGAGAGCCCAAAGACUGAGAGCUGUGAGGCGAGCAAGAUUUUAACAACACAGGACAGUGCAGCCACGUCCCCAUCAGAGACCACAACUCCUCAGGCGACAGCAAGAAAUGUGAGUAGAGCUAACGAGCAUGUGCCAACUUUACCCACUUCUGAACCGCCCUUGGUACCUGGCGAUAACAGCCUCAGCUGCCUGCUUGCAGACAUCUCCUCUCUCCUGACCUUUGACUCAAUAUCCGGGGGUGGAGACAUCAUGGCCGAUGUGGAGGCAGAGUGGGGAAGAGCCAGCAGUCCAAUCACUGCUGCUGGGACUGAUGCCACACCGUCAUACACAUCUAUCUUCACCAAACCCACCAUGUCACGUCCACUGACCUCCGUUAGCACUGCUGCUACGGCAAAACCACCUCCCGUAGCCGUCCCCACAAUAGCCUCCACCCAAGGGACAAAGACAGCUGCGACCUCUUCUCCCGUUUCCAGGCCGAGCUCCAUCAUCACGACGUUGACAAAAGCGUCCACUUUGACAAGUAACUCAAUCAAAUUAAGCUCGGACUUUACUCCAUCCUCUGUCCCUUAUGCUAGCAUUAAAAUUACAUCAACUCCUACUUCAAUCUCAACAAAAUCCUCCACUCCCCCUGUAACAUUUACAAGCUUUAAGGCUCCUACAAUAUCUCCUUCAACGACAAAUAAAUCCACACUGAGCGCCAACUCUAAUACUAUAACAGCUCCUCCGAACACCCCGGUCACCGUAGCCAAGGCUCCCUCAACCAGUCCAAAUCUUACGUGUACGGCUAGCAAAUUAGCAUCAGAGAUUACAUCACUUCCUCAAACUACUGCUUCAGUAAGUAAACCUUUGACUGUAGCUACUUCAACCCCUGCAUCAGCUAAACUUCCCCCACUAACCCAAAGCCCUCCCACCCCUGUUGUUUUUACACAACCUCCACCUGCUAAAUUGGAUACAGCUAGUAGUUUGAACCUGCAAACUUCCACUUCCUACAAACCAUCCCUCAGUUCAGCUGCAGGACAACCUAAAGCCCCAGUGAUAAUCUCCCCAGUUUGUGCUGCUUCUACCAAACCCGAACUGGUUAUGCCCCCCAAGGUGACCAUGGUUCCCACAUCAGCUACAACCCCAGGCUUGGUCUAUGCACCCAUUUCCAAGCCUACUCUCAACUGUAGUCCACUGGAUUUAAAUAAGGCCCCUCCUUCCCUUGCAAAAGUUCCAGAUAUCCUCCCUUCCUCUAAACAGACUGCUGUUACUAAAACCCAGCCCACCCCUGUGUCUGUCCUAGCUCCAUCAUCAACUUCUUUAGAUAAGAUUCCUCCCAUGACUAAACCUCCUUAUGCACCAGUCUCUUUAGAUAAGAUGGCCCCUGCUCCCCCAUCCAUCCCAACCCCUGCUCCUCAUGCUGUUUUUACAGCCUCUCCAGCACCUCCUCCUCCAGUUCAAAUCCCAGCCUCUCAACCUAAAGCCCCUCCUGCUCAAAUCCCAAAUUCUGCACCUAAAGAUUCACCUACUCCUGCUCCAAUGCAAGUUUCUCAAUCUAAAUACCCUCCUGCCCCUGCUGAUACCCCACUUUCUGUAGCAGAACCCCUCCUGCCCCUGUUCAGAUCCCAGUUUCUGUAUCUAAACCCCCUCCUGCCCCUGUUCAGAUCCCAGUUUCUGUAUCUAAACCCCCUCCUGGCCCUGUUCAGAUCCCAGUUUCUGUAUCUAAACCCCCUCCUGCCCCUGUUCAGAUCCCAGUUUCUGUAUCUAAACCCCCUCCUGCCCCUGCUCAGAUCCCAGUUUCUGUAUCGAAACCCCCUCCUGCCCCUGCUCAGAUUCCAGUUUCUGUAUCUAAACCCCCUCCUGCCCCUGUUCAGAUCCCAGUUUCUGUAUCUAAACCCCCUCCUGCCCCUGUUCAGAUCCCAGUUUCUGUAUCUAAACCCCCUCCUGCCCCUGUUCAGAUCCCAGUUUCUGUAUCUAAACCCCCUCCUGCCCCUGUUCAGAUCCCAGUUUCUGUAUCCAAACCCCCUCCUGCCCCUGCUGAGAUCCCAGUUUCUGUAUCUACUGAGCUUUCUGCCCCUGUACAAAUCCCAGUUUCUGUAUCUAAACCCCAACCUGCUCAGAUCCCAGUUUCUCAACCUAAACCCCCUCCUGCACAGAUCCCAGUUCCUCAACCUAAACCCCCUCUUGCACAGAUCCCAGUUUCUCAACCCAAACCACCUCCUGCACCAACCCCUGCCCCUAGCCCUGUCACUUCUCCUCCUUCGACCCCUGCAUCUUGGCCGGGUGAGGCCUCAGCUUCUGCUAGGAUGCGAGGAAGUGGACAGGCAUCAGUCGAUGGCGAACUGA